AGGAAAACAAGCUUCCCUGCUUUUUCAACUCUCAGAAGGUUUCAUAACUUUGAAUGAACUAGUAAUUGAACUGAACUAGUUGAAUAAAUUGAAAUGAAGAAAAUAUUCACUCUGCACCUGCAGAAGAGGUUACUGCUGUCAAAGGCUGGUUUAACACUUCAGCAAACUCUGGUCCCAGAUACUUAGCCAGUGACUUCCACAAGUUCAGUGGUUUGAUUUUCUUUAAAACUUUGCAGUAAAUAUGUACUGCUUAAUGUUUUUGUUUUUUAAAUUUAAUUUAAACAAUUUUGAUAUAAGUAGUUUAGGCCUUAACAUGGGUUGUCAUAACUUGAAAUUUAGUUUUAAAUAGGUUUAUUUUUUAAAAUAAACCUGUAUUUAUAUUUAAAAAAUUUUUUAAUUUUAAAUGACACUGCUGAGAAUGCCAAAUUCAGGAAAGACUGCCGAGAAAUAGGGCAGACUCACCCCCAACUGGUGGUUAUUCUAUCAUUAGAGUAUACCAAGCCAGUAACAAAAGUCAACUUCUGUAUCACCACACUGGUUAACAAGAAGACAAAAAUGCCGUAUUCUUAGGCAUUCCAUCCCUUGGCCCACCACAGAGCCGCUGGACUUGAUGAUGAAUGGUUACUGAAAACCAAUUUAAUCAGAUACAGGGUCCUUCCAAUCCCAAGGGAUCAGCCUCUUAGCCAGGAACCUUUCAAAGAAAUAUCAACCCAAAAAGAACUCCAAAGAAGAGGAAGAAUACAAGUACACAUCAUGCAAAGCCUUCCUAGCCACCUUGAAUGAAAUGAAUGACUAUGCCGGCCAGCAUGAAGUCAUUUCAGAGAACAUGACUUUUCAGAUCACUGCGGAGUUAACACGCUUUGUGCAAGAGCUGAAACAGGAAAGGAAAUCGCACUUUCAUGAUGGCAGAAAGGCACAACAAUACAUUGAAACUUCCUGGAAACAGCUUGAAGCAAGUAAAAGGCGGUUUGAACGUGAUUGCAAGGAAGCCGAUAGAGCACAGCAGUAUUUUGAGAAAAUGGAUGCUGACAUCAACGUUACGAAAGCAGAUGUUGAAAAGGCAAGACAGCAAGCACAAAUACGACAUCAAAUGGCAGAAGACAGCAAAGCAGAAUACUCAUCCAUUCUUCUGAAAUUUAACCACGAGCAACGCGAACAUUAUCACACACACAUACCAAACAUCUUCCAGAAAAUACAAGAGAUGGAGGAAAGGAGGAUAGUGAGGUUAGGCGAAUGCAUGAAAACCUAUGCAGAAGUGGACCGCCAGGUGAUCCCCAUAAUAGGGAAGUGUCUGGAUGGAAUAACAAAGGCAGCAGAAUCAAUUGAUCAGAAAAAUGAUUCACAACUGGUAAUAGAAGCCUUUAAAUCAGGGUUCGAACCACCAGGAGAUAUAGACUUUGAGGACUUCACUCAGCCAAUGAAACGCACUGUCUCGGAAUCCAGCCUUUCAAAUUCCAGAUGGGAUGGAAAAUCUGAGCCCAGGCCUGGCAGCAAAUCCAAGGGCAAAUUGUGGCCAUUCAUCAAGAAAAAUAAGGGGGGAGGACCAGAGGACUUCAGCAAUCUCCCACCUGAGCAAAGAAGAAAGAAACUCCAGCAAAAGGUUGAUGAGCUAAACAAAGACAUUCAGAAGGAGAUGGAUCAAAGAGAUGCCUUAACAAAAAUGAAAGAUGUCUACAUCAAGAACCCGCAGAUGGGAGAUGCAGCCAGCGUGGAUCACAAAUUAGCUGAACUGGGACAAAAUAUGGAAAAGUUGCGACUAGAGGCCCAGAAAUUUGAGGGUUGGCUGGCCGAGGUUGAAGGCAGACUACCUGUGCGGACUGAACAGACCAGACGACAGAGUGGAAUGUAUGACACCCAGAACACGUCAGCCGUCAAUAACUGUGCACAGGACCGGGAGAGCAGCCCAGAUGGCAGUUACACAGAGGAGCCAAGUCAGGAGAGUGAGAUGAAGGUGCCAGUGACAGAGUUUGAUGACGAGUUUGAUGACGAAGAACCACUCCCUACCAUAGGAACCUGUAAAGCUCUCUAUACGUUUGAAGGUCAGAAUGAAGGCACAAUUUCAGUAACGGAAGGCGAAAUGCUCUAUGUAAUAGAGGAAGACAAAGGUGAUGGGUGGACGCGAAUCCGGAGGAAUGAAGAGGAGGAGGGUUAUGUCCCAACAUCCUAUGUCGAAGUCUAUUUGGACAAAAAUGCCAAAGGUGCUAUGACUUACAUUUAA